AUGGCAACCUCAGAAACCCAAGGCGCAAGCUACGAGGCCGAACACGUGCACUCCGUCUACGAAGAAAUUGCAUCCCACUUUUCUUCCACUCGCUACAAGCCCUGGCCCAUAGUCGAGCGUUUCCUAAAAGAACAGCAUGAUGGCGCUAUAGGUGCAGAUGUCGGAUGUGGGAAUGGGAAGUAUUUGGCUGUGAAUAAGAAGGUAUGGAUUGUGGGUAGUGAUCGAUCUACAAACCUUGUCAAAAUUGCGAAACAACAUGAACCGCACGAUGUAGUGGUGGCAGACAACCUCUCUCUGCCUCAUCCAAAUGGAGUUUUUGAUUUCGCAAUUUCGAUAGCGGUUAUCCAUCAUUUGUCGACGCCGGCACGGAGAGUAGAGGCUGUGAAGUGUGUUUUGGAUUUACUGCGGCCUUCGUCACCGUCGAACCAAGGUGGAGGUGCUGGACUGGAGGGUGGCAGAGCACUCAUCUAUGUCUGGGCACUUGAACAGAAAGACAGUAGACGAGGUUGGGACGAGGGCCAUGAGCAGGACGUCAUGGUGCCGUGGGUCUUGAAGCAGAAGAAAGAGACGGAGAAUGGGCGGAGGAAUAAGAAGGAUGAGAGUCAGGCUGACGAGGAAGGGACACCGAAGCCGGAUGGUGAUAAGACGUUCUUGAGGUAUUAUCAUCUGUAUCGGAAGGGGGAGCUGGAAGGGGAUGUUGAGCAGGCUGGUGGAGUUGUAUUGGAGUCGGGGUAUGAGAAGGAUAAUUGGUGGGCUAUUGCGAGACUCAGAUGA